AUGCAAGUUGUCCUUGCGUUGGUUGCACUGGCAAUAAACAAUUUCAGGCCUUUCGGAUCUUUGGUCGCGGAAAAUGAAUUACGACACUUCCUCAAGCUUGCACGGCCAGAGUGGUCCAAACCACGUCGCAGAGGACGCAGUGACAUCGUUCGUGUGCUAGCAAAGUUGAAGGCAGUUGGUGUCAACGACAUCGACACAUUGAUUCGAAAAGUGGAGAAAAACACCAUCAACGAGGAGUUGUACAACAAGGGCCUCAUGCCUUUGAGUAGGGCAGCCCUGGAUUCCAUCCGGAAGCAAAAGACCUUCAUGCAGGCGCUUGAGUCGGUGGACGUGCCGAACAUCCGACAGGUCGGUGUGUUCGACCCUGUGGCACAAAUGCUGCGGGGCUCCCGGCAGAUGUGUAGCAGUCGCAUGGCAAGCAAGCAAGAAAUCGACAAACUUUUGCCAUGGCAUGUUAUUGUUUCAAUUGUGAGGUCUCGGAAACCUUUGCCAAGCACGGCUCCGAGUGCUAUAAAGAAGGAAUCGUUUGCUUUGUUACUGUGGCAUACUGUGGCUGUGUUUGGAGAUGCUUGGAGCCUUCAGGUGCCAGCCCCAAUGCAAGACGUUCAUCUCCAUCCAAGCGAAACGAAGAAGGCACCUGCGUUGGCCCAGCGUUGGCUUCGUUUAGUCCACAUCUGUGGGAGACGCUUUCAUGAUGCGUGCUGUGUACUCAGCAUGUUGGCCGCCUGA